AUGGCCCAAUUGGCCCGAGAGGUACGAGAUCUGAAGGAACAAAUGGGGGGAAAGACUAAAUCCCCCGAGCAGACGUUGCUUACCGCUUUGCCGUUCUCUUCCGAGAUCAUGUCUUAUAAAGUGCCCGACGACUUCAAAUUCCCGGAACAAACCACCUUUGACGGGUCCGGAGACCCACGCGAGCAUCUGCUCAGUUAUCAGGCCAAGAUGCAAGUCCUGGGAGUCCGAGACCUGGUGAUGUGUCGCGCCUUCUUGCCCACGCUGAAAGGCUCGGCACAAAGGUGGUUAGUGGCGCUGCCUCCGAAGUCGAUUCACAAUUUUGAGGAGCUGGCUAAUCGCUUCAUGAGCCAUUGUGCGGCCAAUAUCAAACCACAGAAGGAUUUGACUCACCUGGGAGACGUCCACCAAGAGGAAGGUGAGUCUCUGAAAACCUACUUGGUUCGAUGGCAAAAAGAAAUCCAGUCUAUCGAAGAGGUUGAAGACCAGACCGCACUCACUUUCAUCAUCGAGUCCUUGCGAUCCGGGCAAUUAUACCGGGAUCUGCGGGAUAACCGCCCGGCAACCUACGAGGAAGCUAUACACAUGGCUAAUAAAAGGGCUAACACGAAGAAGGCCAUGAAGGAAAAAGGACCUAUGCGGAAAUCAAGGAAAGGCGUCCGGAAGGGGCUCGGUGACCCGAGGCUAGGCGUCCCUAUGACAAUCCUAUUGUUCAUCCCUAUAGGACGAUUCCUCAGCACCCGGUAG